UCACAUUCCAGUAGACCACCCCUCCCCUCCAUCCCUCCCCUCUCGCGAUCGCUGCCUGCCUGUCUCUCGGUGCUCGCGCGCGCGCGCGCGGGCGGCCGCUCGCCACACCACACGCCACCACCGCGCCCGGGCACGCAGCCCACUUGCGCGCAGACGCGCCGAAGCUUCUUCGUCCCCAUCGCGACGUACGGCUACUUACAAUUGCCUCCACCCACACUCCUCCGGCCGGGCUCCGGUCAAUCCUCCUCCCAUGCGCCCCCGGCUCCCCGCCACAUAUAACGUGCUGCCCGGCCGGCGUGCGUGUGCAUAGCUAGCUAGAGCUCGCUCUCUGCUGGCUGCGGAAGGAAGCAAUGGCCGCGCAGGAGGGGGCCGCGGGGACGAACCAGGUGAUGCGGUGGCGGUACGGGGACGUCGGCGACAGCAACUUCACGGUGCACGGCCGCGCCGUGUACCUGCUGGUCGGGCUGCUCUUCGCCGUCGUGGUGUUCGUCGCCCUCUGCCUCUACCUCCGCUGGGCGUGCCACCGGUACACGCCGGACCCGGAGGCCUCCUCCUCCUCCUCGUCGGCAGGCGCGGCGGGGGCCGCGGCGGCACCGAUGCCUGGACUCGACGCCGAGGCUAUCGGGGGCCUUCCGGUGACGCUGUACCUCCCGCGCGACUCCUCGACGGCACCCGCGGGGAAGGGCGGCGACGACGACGACGACGAGCAGGCGGCUCAGUGCUCGAUAUGCAUCAGCGCGCUUGUGGUCGGCGAGAAGGUGAAGACCCUCCCGCCAUGCGGUCACUGCUUUCACCCGGACUGCGUCGACGCCUGGCUCCGCUCCCAGCCCAGCUGCCCGCUCUGCCGGAGCCUCCUCCUCGCCGCCGCCAAAUCCGACGUCAACGGAGGCGUCGACUCCCCCGUGUGAAAACGGAAAACGCAACACCGCAACCAGCCAACGCCAAGCGGCCGGCUCCGAUCCGUCACCGCCACUGACGAGGCGGCCCCACCUGUAAGCUUGCCGCCACCUGCAUCCUAGCUUGACCGCUUCAGAAAGAUCUCGCGAUCAGUUUGAGUGGGUCGCAAUUAAAAAACGCCUGGCUAACCACCAAUGCGUCACGGCGAGGUGUGCCCUGUUGUGUGGAAGGAAGGUCGCCGGAAAUGGAGCCCUCACCGUCGUUCUUUAGUCGCCGGCGUGGGGUCUCACCUCGUCGCCGGGCACUUUAAUUACUAGCUUAUCGUUCAAGUCUCCAGGGGGAAUUUGGAGUGCUGUAGGCUGUACAUACCUUUUUGAGUAUUUAAAACCGGAGAAAAGACGCAAUGUAUGCGGUGGUAGUUCAGGUGGAAUCUCUGAAGCUUAAUUAACAGCACUACUGCAUUAAACCACUGACACGAGCACGCAAACUCACCUUUGCUGUACAUACUGUAAUCUACUGUCCUGAUUGCAUAUAUACCCGUAGCAACAGGGAAUUUUCUGCAGGACAGAAAAAUAUUAAUUUGGGACUAGAUUGAUGGAGUUAUCACGAACAGUGGUGCCAUGGCCGAGCUGCCACUAUGUGAUAUUAUAAGUGACUUGAUUUAGU